UUCUGUUUAUAGUUUGGCUUCAGUCUUGUAAACUUACUGCUGUGUCCUGCGCUGCAAAUGGCCCCCGGGCCGCAAUUUGGAUAGCACUGCUGUAGUUGCUGCCGUACAGCAAUUUGCAUAUCACAUUGAGAUCUAGCACUUUAACAACUGUUUAUUGAAGCAAGAGACGGUCCCAUGUUGUCAGAAUUUAUCCACGCCUGUUGCUAGCAUGCUACCUAUUAGCAACGUUAGCAUGUCCAUUUUGUUGUCCCAGGUUAAAAAAAAGUUUAGAAGGCAAAGACCAAAAGCCAUCAAGUUGGUUAAAUGCCAGGCCGGUGGUUCUCAACUGCUGGCAAGUCCAUUCAAAAUCAAAUUUGGAAAAAAUGAUUUAGAGAGCAUGAGAAAAUGGAAAGGAAAACACAGCUCUCUUUGACAACAUGCAUGAUUUUCACACCAACAGCUGAGUUGCGCAACUGCCAUUUUGUUUUUAUUAGUAGUAUUUUUUCCAUUUAUGCAGCAUGUGAAAAGAGAAAAAGUGCUUGUCACAGUGACGUUUACCACUUUGGUCUCAUUACUGCAGUAUCAAGUAUUAAGUCAUCUUGCCUGUUAAAGUUGUGCAUCGAGUGUCAGAGGCGAUGAAUCUCCUGGCAGGAAGCUACAUCAUACCUAACAACCCAGUCAGGGCCGCCAUCAGAGCCUUUGCUUAUUUCCCUGCCUUUCACGAGUCUCUCUGGUGUCUUGUCAGGCUCAUUACGGCGAGACAAGAGUUCACUUCUCCUAACGAUGUGAGCUUCACAGGCGAUAACGAGCCUCCUGACCGCCGCUUUUCCUCAUCCAACAGGCGCUGCUUGUUGCCCUUCACUGCAUGGACACACCAUGUUUUUACUUCCAUGCUCACAUGGCUGAGGCCAGCCUGAUUAUAUGGUUGGCUAAGCUGAGGAUGUCCUUGCAUGUCUUUUUUUGCCUUUCCAAAGAGGUGGUGGUGUUGCUGCAGGCGAUGCAAGAUGAGUGUGGACAGUAUAUCUCUGUCACAGCACACACUUACCAGCACUGUGCUGCCAACCCAGUGAAAUGUGACUCAACUGCGGCCAUGAUGCUCCAGUGUACGUCCUGUCAUCUCCCAGCUGAGUCCAGAGCCUGAGAGGGAGGAGGGGCGGCCGGCCGCUAGCGAGACCCAGCUGUCGUUGGCUCAGAGUCGUGUUCGUCCCCGCCGUCUUCUCGUCUGGCCUGGUCGCUCCAUGGGACUCCAGAGGUGGCCCCCCAGCACAGCAGCACUGUCCUCCAUGGCCUGCCUCCAUGUGGAGACCCCCUCCAUCUGCAGGGGGAAGUUCAAAUCAGCCCUUCAGAUCUGCUUGCAGCACAGACGAAGUCGCGAGCAACUCGUGGAGCAAGGCAUCAUGCCCCCUCUGAAAACACCUGCUGCCUUCCAUGAGCGUAUCCGCAGCCUGGAGAGAGCCAGGACAGGGAACCUUCUGAAGCACAAGCUGUGCAGCAGACCCACACGCUCCGAGCUGGUCCGCAUGCACGUCUUACAAGAGACCGAGGCAGAACCUUCAGUGCAGGCCACGCGGAUAAGGCUGAAGAGGGCCCGACUGGCCGACGAUCUGAACGAGAAGAUAGCCCACAGACCUGGACCCAUGGAGCUGGUGGAGAAGAACAUCCUGCCUGUGGACGGUGGUGCCAAAGAAAUCCAUGAGGGUGAUAAUUUGGACUUGGACAAGACGGUGGAUGUGUACCGUUUCGAUGAGGACAACAGCGACGCUUUAUCUACACCGGAACCUCCUUGCAGAACGCCUCCGAGCACCAUGAGCUCAGCCGCCAGUCCGACUGAGACCGCAUCCUCCUGUUCCAACGCAAGCUCCUCCAUGCAGCACUCCUCGCCGUUUAACGCCACAUCACCCGGCGCCAGUGAGCAACCUGCCGUUCCAUCUCAGCCAACCGUUGCUUUGCUUGCAAAGCAAGGCUCGCCAAAAACGCCGCACGAAAAGAGCCGUGGCAAAAAGAGCCGCGAGGCCAAGCCGCGGGUACGCAAGUUGAAGUAUCACCAGUACAUCCCCCCGGACCAGAAGCACGAGCUGCAGCUGGCGGCGGCGCAGAUGGACUCCGCUUACGUGCGCAUCCUGCAGCAGCAGCAGCAGUUCUUGCAGCUGCAGAUCCUCAGUCAGCAGCACUUUUGCCAGCAGGGGGCGCCACCUGCCACGCACAAAUCAAUGGCCGAGGUCCAAACUGGCUGCUCCGGUGCCGUCCUGAGUGAGAACUGCAAGCCCGAUCAGUUACCGGCCAAUGUGGAUGAAAUGAAGGUGGCUGAGCUGAAAGUGGAGCUCAAACUCAGGUCGCUGCCGGUCUCUGGCACCAAGACGGACCUGAUUGAGAGGCUGAAGGUCUAUCAUGAAAGUGUUGUUGCCAUGGAGACAAACCCUCCUGACAAGUUGACCCCACCUGUGUCCCCCGUGGCCUCUAAAGUGUCCAGUCUGGGCCUGGAGGACAGCGCGAGGGCAGACAGCCCCACCAAGCCUGCGGGCGCCACCUCCCCUCAGGAGGACCCGAUGUCCGGCGAGAAGGACAGGCGUCUCCACGAGAAGGAGCGUCAGAUCGAGGAGCUGAAGAGGAAGCUGGAGCAGGAGCAGCGGCUGGUGGAGGAGCUGAAGCUGCAGCUGGAGGUGGAAAAGAGGAGUCAGCAGGGAGAUUCCCCGCCUUGCCUCAGCCCCCUCCCCACUUUCCACCACGUGAAGGAGGAACGUCUUUCACUCUCCAGCUGCACGGCCGCUGUGGAGGUGAAACACGAGGAGGACGCGGAGCGGAGCUACUUAGCGGCGUCAUCAAAUAAAGAUGGAGCACUUCCUGUCUCCAUCCGGCCGCCUGUUAAUGGCAUCAAAAUGCAAAGCGGCAGCAGUGCAGCCUCGGGCCUCAUCCUCACGUCUGGACAGGUGCCACCAAAAAUAGACGAGUCGGCGCCUCUGACGAAGUUUUCACACUGCAGUACAUCGUCACCUCCUCUUCAUCACAACAGUCACCCUGCCUUCAUCCUGCCGCAGCUCAAAUGCAAAAACCUCCGAGAGCCGCCUCCCUACGAAGACGCAGUGAAGCACACUCGCAUGGCGACAGCUGUACAGGGCGUCUCCGCAGCCAGCCAGCAGAUGGACGACCUGUUUGACGUCUUGAUUGAAAGCGGCGAGAUACCACCCUUCAUCAAGCAGGAUCCUCCCAGCAUCAACAAGCGCCUCCCCGUCACACCCUGCGUCACCCUCCUCCCUGUCAACACCGUCCUAUCACGCCCACCGCCUCUGGUCCAGGUGGCGCACAUGCCGCCAGCAGCCCUGGCCCCCGACCCCCGGCUGGACUCCCUCCUGAGUGCCGACGCUGAGCCGCUAAAGCUGAUGGAGGAGCUUCACUCGGACCUUCACGCCAUGGACUGGCUGGACCUGACGCUGUGCGCGCCAGCAGAGGGCGUGGACGCCGAGAACGUGUCAGCACCUGAGGGCGUCUUCACCACGGACUUCCUCAACGCCCAUGAGCUGCUCUAGAUGCACCUGACACAUGUUCGUCCUGUACGGAAAGACACCAGGAAGUGAGGUUGGGGCAUGUCGAGCUGCUGCAAGGUCCUAAAGCCCUCUGAUUUGAUGGCAGGGUCAGGUACUGUUCAUCUAUUCUCAUUAUUUAUGCCUCCUUUUAGUGACGUCAAAGUCAAUGUACGGUCAUAACAGCAACACAAAGACACUUCAUCAGUGAGGACUGCUGCAAACGUUGUACUGCAUCGCCAUCUGCUGGCCAUGUCUGGAUUUGCUCAGAAGAGGCAGUCAUUGGGAGGACUGCAACGACAAAUAUAGUAUGACUCAGCAUAUAUUUCUAAUGUAUAGUUUGUGUUGUGUUUUUCUUACCUUUUAUACAAACAUGGCCGUCACCUUGGGUUUGUCAUUAAACUAAA